GUACAACAGUGCAAUUCCUGUUAAUUUUCAUCAUCUUUGUAGAGCUGCUGAUUGUUUCAUUUAACAGCAAACGGUGCAGUGAAAACGGUGCUCGGUCUCUUGUGCUCCAUCUUUGUCCCAAAAGUAAAUUAAAAGAAAUCCAAGAUGCCGUUCAAGAGUAUUAAGGCCCGCCAGAUCUUUGACUCGCGCGGUAACCCUACCGUUGAGGUUGACCUGGUGACCGACCUGGGACUGUUCCGUGCCGCCGUUCCAUCUGGAGCAUCCACUGGUGUCCAUGAGGCGCUGGAGUUGCGUGACAACGAAAAGGCCAAUUGGCAUGGCAAGGGUGUCCUGAAGGCGGUUGAGAACAUCAACAAGAUCAUCGCCCCGGCUGUGUUGAGCUCUAACCUUUGCGUUACUCAGCAGAAAGAGCUCGAUGAGCUGAUGCUGAAGCUUGACGGAACCGAGAACAAGUCGAAGCUCGGUGCCAACGCUAUUCUGGGUGUUUCGUUGGCCAUCUGCAAGGCCGGCGCUGCCAAGAAGGGUGUCCCGCUGUACAAACACAUUGCUGACCUGGCUGGCAAUGCCAACAUCAUCCUACCGGUACCGGCCUUCAACGUCAUCAACGGUGGUAGCCACGCCGGUAACAAGCUGGCCAUGCAGGAGUUCAUGAUCCUGCCGACCGGUGCGUCGUCCUUUACCGAGGCGAUGAAGAUCGGCAGCGAGGUGUACCAUCAUCUGAAGAACGUCAUCAAGGCUAAGUUCGGGCUGGAUGCGACGGCCGUCGGUGAUGAGGGUGGCUUCGCUCCCAACAUCCUGGAAAACAAGGAAGCACUGAACCUGAUCCAGGACGCCAUUGCGAAGGCCGGCUACACGGGCAAGGUCGAGAUUGGCAUGGAUGUGGCUGCGUCCGAGUUCCACAAGGAUGGCAAGUACGAUCUGGACUUCAAGAACCCGAAAUCGGAUGCCAGCGCUUGGUUGGCUCCGGAUGCGCUGGAACAGCUGUAUCAGGGCUUCAUCAAGGACUUCCCGAUCGUCAGUAUUGAGGAUCCGUUCGAUCAGGAUCACUGGGAUGCGUGGAGCAAGAUCACUGCCAACACCACGAUCCAGAUCGUCGGUGACGAUUUGACCGUUACCAACCCGAAGCGCAUUGCUACGGCCGUCGAGAAGAAGGCUUGCAACUGUCUGCUGCUGAAGGUCAACCAGAUCGGUUCGGUUACAGAAUCGAUCAAUGCGCAUCUGCUGGCAAAGAAGAAUGGCUGGGGUACCAUGGUUUCGCAUCGUUCCGGUGAGACCGAAGAUACGUUCAUUGCCGAUCUGGUGGUGGGCUUGAGCACUGGCCAGAUCAAGACCGGUGCCCCGUGCCGAUCGGAGCGUUUGGCUAAGUACAACCAAAUUCUGCGCAUCGAGGAGGAGCUCGGUGCCGGUGCGAAGUUCGCCGGUAAGAGCUUCCGCCAUCCGCAAUAAACGUUCUGUCGGCGUUGGUUCCACCCGUUGUUGGCGAGAGGAUAGUUUACGAGAUCAUCACGAGGUGAGGUUGGAGAUAGAAUAUGCAACGUGCAAAGUACCACCGUUGAAGGUGCAAAUUGGGGACGAUCGAGUCCUCAAGCAGGUGUUCUCAGUUAGUUGUUCACAUUCGACGGCUUCUGUGCACGAUGUGCUAUUGCUCCGAUCGUUGAAAACUCACGCCGUUACUCGUAGUUGCCGUAGUCGCAACAUAAAUAAGACCCACUAGCUCGGAACGCCCACAACCUCAUCAACCUAACCUCGAUAUAUUUAUCGUCAUGAAACUCUAACUGCAACAAGCAUAAAUUGUAAGGCUUAAACUUAUUGAAUGUUAUAAUUGUUAAAUGAAAGUGUGACAGCUACGUUUGUCAAUGCAUUACUGAAAGUACAUGAUCAUUCGAUAAUACACGGAAACCAUGGUAGGAAUAUA